AUGCAUGCUUCAGCUCAGGUACUAAUCCCCGAAGACACCGGCUUAACGGAUGCAACCUGUAUCAAGAGGCUGCUUGAAUCGCAAGAUCUAUGGGUGUCCCAUGCCCCUGAACUCAAACUCUACAUCUCGAUCAGUGUCGGUGCGUCGAUGGCCCUUUCGGCCUCGUCUUUCAGUUCGCAGAUCGGGGAGAUGCUGUGUAGUUCCAAGCUCUGGUCAGAUCUUGGCCUUGUCGCUCUAUUCAAAAGUUGUAAUCACUUCCACUACAGCGAUUUGACUUCUUUCGAGCUCAUUAUCGGGAUAAGAAGGGACCUAAAACAGUCAUCGAAGACGAAAUCUGCACGAAAGACAGCUUUGUUCGAUCACCUCGACGAUGUCCAGACUCCAGUCCACAUUCAGACUGUUAAUUUGUCUACAGUCAACGCAUUCAUGUCCUUCACUUUCAAGACCGAAAGCGCACAGCUAUAUAUACUAGAUACAGACUCUUUGACAAAACCGAAUUUGGUAGGAGACUAUUACUACAAGAACUAUAUACUAAAGCACACACAAGACACCAUAUUCUUUGGUCCCCAACAAAGCGUAUAUAAAGAAAACUCCGAAGACACUCAAGUCACAUCCUUCGUCGACGAGCUAGAAGAGUUGCAUGAAAGUGAACAAGUCUCCUCGCUUCUCACCCCUCAAGAAGGAUUCUUCGAGAGAGCUUCUCCAGCUGGGCAGCAUGAACAGCUAUACGAUCUCUUCAAGGUCGGCCUCGAAUCGCUUCUAUUCGGACCCACUUCAUCAACCAGCCGUAGCGAUCCCCAAAAUAGGACCCUGCAGCCUCUUUCACAAAUUGCACCUUCAGUCUUCAGCCCGAACUACCACAAGGACCAGCCAUCGCAAAUCGGAGAAAGAGUUUCCAGGGAUCUAAUAUAUUCUCCCGAUGGAGACGAGGAACUUCUUCGGUUCAGUGAGCCCGACGAGAAUAGUAGCUGCGCGAUGUUAUCUACUACUACUGCUGCUGCUGCACCUUCUUCAUCAUGCGGGUCACUGCCGUUUUCUCAAGAUGAUUGCGAAGAUGAAAAUGAUGAUAUUAUGUCCGAUCGAUUCAGUGGAAAUGAUAUGGAUUACACCCUGUUUUCGGAUGAUAUGGCAGAAUUUGAAGAAUUUGGAGAUGACAACGAUGACGAUGAUAUGCUCUGCGGUAGUUUUUGA